GGGGGGGGAGUAGUGGUCUAUGGUGGUCUUUGUGAUGCAUUUUAUACUGAUAGCAGCAGCUGCUGCACUGAGGCUGCCUUCACCAGAGACACACACACACUCGCACACUCGCACACGCACACACACAUGGGAAGGGCUCUGAAGGCUGAUAUUCCCAGACGCUCCUCACUCUAAUAGGAUCCGCAGAAGAUUGGGAGGAAGACUCCGGCCGCCCGCCCGCCUUUCCCGGAGAGCUGGCCUUUCGCUCUUCCCACCAGCACGGUUUCUGCCAGCUGAUGAAGUGAUUUAUGAGUAUUAUACAGCCCCUGUUCCUGCCAUAGAGGUCACUGAAGCAUCAGAAACCAAGGUCUGCUGGCCAUGGGCAACCUGAUAAAGGUAUUGGGCAAAGAUUUAGAAAACUGUCCUCAUUUUUUCCUGGAUUUCGAAAAUGCUCAACCCACAGAAGCGGAGACGGCCGUGUGGAACCAGGUCAACGCGGUGCUGGAGGAGGCACAGACCAUCCUGGCCGAGCUGCAGUCCUACACCGGCGCGGGACUGGAGAUCAGAGAGGCCAUCCAAAAUCCCAAUGAUCUUCAGCUCCAAGAGAAAGCCUGGAACGCCGUGUGCCCCUUGGUGGCAAAGCUGAAGCGCUUCUACGAGUUCUCUCUUCGUCUCGAAAACGCUCUGCGGAGCUUGCUGGAAGCCCUGACCAGCCCGCCCUACGCCCCGACUCAGCACCUGGAGAGAGAGCAAGCCCUAGCAAAGCAGUUUGCAGAAAUCCUACACUUCACCCUCAGCUUUGAUGAGCUCAAGAUGACCAACCCUGCCAUCCAGAAUGAUUUCAGCUACUACAGAAGAACCAUCAGUCGAAAUCGCAUUAACAAUUUACAGCUAGACGCGGAGAGCGAAGUGAACAAUGAAAUGGCCAACAGGAUGUCUCUCUUCUACGCAGAGGCUACACCCAUGCUUAAAACUCUAAGCAACGCCACAACCAAGUUUGUCUCUGAGAACAAGACUCUCCCGAUUGAGGACACCACUGACUGUCUAAGCACCAUGGCGUGUGUCUGCAGGGUGAUGCUGGAGACCCCGGAAUACAGGAGCCGAUUCACCAAUACCGAGACCCUGCUCUUCUGCAUGAGAGUGAUGGUUGGAGUCAUCAUCCUCUACGAUCACGUUCACCCGGUGGGGGCGUUCGCAAAGACCUCCAAAAUCGACAUGAAAGGAUGCAUCAAAGUCUUGAAAGAGCAGCCGUCCAACAGCACAGAGGGGCUCCUCAACGCACUGAGGUACACAACCCGGCACCUCAAUGACGACACCACCUCCAAGCAAAUCCGGGCCCUGCUGCAGUGAGCGCCCGAUGGGCCGGGGGCCGGGGGGGUGGGGGCAGGAGCUGUUCAGCACAGGCCCGGAGCGCUGCUACCUUCCAAGCAUCAGCAGAACACAUUAAUGUUGCCAUGUUGCUAUAAAUACCCAUGAUCAUCCUCCUCAUUUUGUAAAGAAAGGGGAAAAAAAAAGGCGGGGGAGGACCCCCCACAACCCAAACAAUAGAAGCAAAAAAAUAAUAAUAAUAAUAAAGCCCCAAGGCCCUGCCAGCCACAUCUGACUGCAGCGGUGG